UUUCUGAUAAAUAGAAAUAUCUGUAUUAGAAAUAUAACUCUGAUUGCUAAGUUAUUUGAAUUUGAACAAAUUAAAUUCGUCUAAAUUAAUAAUUUACUAAAAAAUGUCUUCGAAGAAAGAAGAAAUUGGAAAUUUACUUGACGUGCUAUAUUUAGAAAUGUUGGAGUUGAUAGAACAACACACAGCGAGCAGAGUGAAUAUUGAAAGAUUAAUGAACAGUGGACAGUUGAUGUUAGCCAAAACACGGUACCUUAAAGGAUCACAAACUAUUAGUUCGGCACAAAUUCCGACCGAUAAUAGUAAUACAUUUAAUGCACUUUGUGUAUUGGAGGAGCAAAAAAAUUACACAAAAAUAUCAAGUGCGGAGUACAGUCUGAUGAGACGUAACGUCGAUAAAAAUAAAGAAUUUGUCGAACCAAUGCAUUGGUUCACUUUACUACCACCCAGUAGUUUGCGAACCGCAUCUGAUCACUUCAAAAAAUGUUUAGAAUUGGUAUUGGAAAGCGCGAAUGUACAACGAGAACUUCUUGCAGUAAUGGAACAUAUUGAUAGACUUAAACAACAUUACAAAGCAAUAUGAAUUCUACUUCCCCUAACAACUUACUUAUAAUAACAUAAAAUGAUAAAGUAAUCAAAUAUAUUCCUUUAAAUUAAUUAAAAUUAACAUAAAUACAUA